CCAUUGCGUUGACGCUUGGACAAAUACGCAUUUUUUGCCUCUGAGGAAGGACAGCUGUGGCUACCUCCAUUGCUGUGAACGUGUUGGCGGUUUGGCGGCAUAACUUAACCCGAUCUCUGUGUUGAACGCGCAUUAGGUUCAUCGUCACCCGAAGAUCAGACCGGUGUUCCGCAUCAGACGUGGCUGUAAGUGGAUGCACAUGCAAGUAUCGCUUCAAAGAGCCGUUCGCCGCAGUAGGCACCCUGCGGUGAGCUAGUCCGCGAGUCCCAGUCUGGUGGAUGGAAGAAGCCACCCAAGGACCCACCAACGAAGGAUGCCGAUCUGCGAAGCAUGGAACUGCGAGAACAGCGGCGACUGCCCUGGCACAACUUUCCACAAGUUCCCAGUGGACUCGCCAAUGCUCUUGAAGGCAUGGGUACACAACGUGAACCUGCCACCACCUUGGGAACCGACCGAAGACUCGAUGCUCUGCUCGGACCACUUCAUGGAGCGCUGCUUCAUGCGCUCGGGCACCUCCACCAGGCUGCGACCUGAUGCCGUGCCCACCAUCUUCGCCUACCCAGACGAUAGGCAGCAGGUAGACGUGAUAGAGACUGUUUCGGACAAUUCUGCUGGGCCAACCAAGAGCAGCGAAGGCAGCGAGUCGUCGUCUUUGGACCACAGCUACGGCACGCCCAAGGCCGCGCCGGCUGCUACCGCAGUGGCACGGGAGGCCUCGGUGCGCAGGGUGCGUGUCCCCGAGGAAGGAGAAUCAAUCCGCAAGAAGCUCAAGUUGUCGAGACAGCGAGUGCGCCGGCUUGAAGAGCGCGUGUCCAUGCUGAACGACAUGGUCUACUCGCUCCUCAACCAGACCAUCAUGGAGAUGUAGGCACGACUGUACGGAUGAAAAUUAGGGUUCUGCUCGAGUCGGCGCCGGAAGUUGGAGUACCACUGCUCAAGCGCCCGCAUGGGGAAGAAGCUCUCGCCCGGAUGGGUGGGCACACUGACGGAGCCCCCGUACGAGGCCAGGUGGUUGAAGAGGCUCUCGGCCAUCUUGGUGCAAAACUCGGUGUGCGAGUCGACGGCCGACGCGUCUCCCAAGGGAGGCGCCUGGAACUGGAUCUGGGCCAGUGGCUCG